AUGUCUGAUGUUUGUGUUGUUCUGGUUGGGUUGGAUUUGGUAUGGGUGGGGUGGGAAAGGAUACUAUUUGGUGGAAAGGCAUUUAAGGAAGAACUUUCUUCUGAAUCUGUGACUGAGAAAUGCAAGAGACGUCAGAAGACAGUGGAUUGUCGAAACAUCUCAGUGAUCGACACUCCAGGACUGUAUGAUACAUCAGUCAGUAAAGGGAAACUGAAGAAUGAAAUAGUGAAGUGUGUAGAAAUGUCUGUUCCUGGUCCUCAUGCGUUCCUGCUGGUCAUCAGACUGGACGUGAGAUUCACAGAAGAGGAGAAAAACACAGUGAAAUGGAUUCAGGAAAACUUUGGAGAAGAAGCUGCACGUUACACUAUCAUUCUGUUCACUAGAGGAGAUCAGCUAAAAAUGUCUAUAGAGAAGUUUCUCACCAAAAACAAGCAGAUUAAUGAUCUAGUUAGACAGUGUGGAGGCAGGUAUCACGUAUUUAAUAACACUGAUAAAAAUCCAGCACAGGUUACUGAACUGUUCAAGAAAAUAGACAUAAUGGUGAUGAAGAAUGGAGGAGAGCAUUACACAAAUGAGAUGUACAAGCAAGCUCAGAAAAAUAUAAUGAUGAAAAAGGUUGAAGAGACAGCUUUAGUGGGAGUGAGUGUGGCAGGUGUAGGAGCAGCAGUUGCAGGAGGUGCAGCAUUAGUUGCUGCUACUGGAGGAGUGGCUCUGCCUGUAGUUUUAAUGGCAGGAGGAGCAGCUCUAACAGGAGGAUCAAGUGCUAAAGUUAUUGCAGAUAAAUUUAGGAGGAUCAAGUGCUAA